CGGAAAGAGGCGGAGCCUAUUUCUCAUCAGGACCAGUCUGACUGCACCUGCAUCCUUAGCUCAGAGCAUCCCUGGAGCAUCUAAGAGGAAAGCGCAGCUAGCAACCAGGGAUCGUACUGCAGGGGCAGUCGGCCAUGCACCUUCCCCUCCCCUGAUCUGGAGGUCUACAGCCGCGGCCUCGGUACUGACCGAGAUUCCCAAAGUUGUCUGACCUCUGCAAAAGUGUUUCUAUCAAGAGCCUCUGAUUACAACAUGGCUGAGAUCACAAAUAUACGCCCCAGCUUUGAUGUGUCCCCAGUAGCAGCUGGCCUCAUCGGGGCCUCGGUGCUGGUGGUGUGUGUUUCCGUGACUGUCUUUGUGUGGACCUGCUGCCACCAGCAGGCAGAGAAGAAGCACAAGACCCCACCAUACAAAUUCAUUCAUAUGCUGAAAGGCAUUAGCAUCUACCCAGAGACCCUCAGCAACAAGAAGAAAAUCAUCAAAGUUAGGAGAGACAAAGACGGCGGCCCUCGGAGAGAAAGUGGACGAGGGAACCUGUUGAUAAACGCGGAGUCUGGCCUGCUGAGCCACGACAAGGAUCCCAGAGGGCCUAGCCCUGCAUCUUGUAUGGACCAGUUACCCAUCAAAAGAGACUAUGGGGAAGAACUGAGAAGCCCCAUGACAAGCCUGACCCCUGGUGAGAGCAAAGCCACCUCCCCGUCCUCACCAGAGGAAGACGUGAUGCUAGGCUCCCUCACCUUCUCAGUGGACUACAACUUUCCCAAGAAAGCUCUGGUGGUAACAAUCCAAGAGGCCCACGGGCUGCCAGUGAUGGAUGACCAGACCCAGGGCUCUGAUCCCUACAUCAAAAUGACCAUUCUUCCCGACAAGCGGCAUCGAGUGAAGACCCGAGUGCUUCGCAAGACCCUGGACCCCGUGUUUGAUGAGACCUUCACCUUUUACGGCAUUCCGUACAGCCAGCUGCAGGACCUGGUGCUGCAUUUCCUCGUGCUCAGCUUUGACCGCUUCUCUCGGGAUGACGUCAUCGGGGAGGUCAUGGUGCCAUUGGCUGGAGUGGACCCCAGCACGGGCAAGGUUCAGCUGACCAGGGACAUCAUCAAGAGGAACAUUCAGAAGUGCAUUAGCAGAGGGGAACUCCAGGUGUCUCUGUCAUACCAGCCCGUCGCACAGAGAAUGACAGUGGUGGUCCUCAAAGCCAGACACUUGCCGAAGAUGGAUAUCACCGGUCUCUCAGGUAAUCCUUAUGUCAAGGUGAACGUCUACUACGGCAGAAAACGCAUUGCCAAGAAGAAAACCCACGUAAAGAAGUGCACUUUGAACCCCGUCUUCAAUGAGUCGUUCAUCUAUGACAUCCCCACCGACCUUCUGCCUGAUAUCAGCAUCGAGUUCCUUGUCAUUGACUUCGAUCGCACUACUAAGAAUGAGGUGGUGGGGAGGCUGAUCUUGGGGGCACACAGUGUCACAACCAGUGGUGCGGAACACUGGAGAGAGGUCUGCGAGAGUCCCCGCAAGCCCAUAGCCAAGUGGCACAGUCUGAGCGAGUACUAACCCUGGGGCCAGGUGGGGAGGCACAUGGCGGGGAGAGGUGACAGAGAAGCUGACUCAAAACCUCAUUUUAGUCGUAGAAGAAGAUUUCUUACAGAACAAACCACACGAAGAACCUCACACUCCACACAGCUGCAGAUUGGUUCUUAGCGUGAGGGUUGCUUUAUUCUUUGCAAGGCACUAGACGAUCUUUUGUUUUUAAAAAUGAGGGGGGAAGAGAAGGAAAGACCCCAAGUCUAUAUAUAACAAUGUAACCUUAUACUUGCAUGUCUAAUACAAACAAGAAAUUAGCCUAACCAAUAUCAAGUUGCAGAUUUUAAUCCAUGAAAAUUGUGUUUUGUGCCGAAUUGUAUUUGCUGAUCCCCUGAAAUUGGCCUCUUUUUAUCAGGCUUCUCUGGGUUAUGCCAGUCCCCCAUCACUACAGGAGAAAAGUCUGCCCUUGUAAAGCCCCGUGUUCCUGUCAUCCAGUCCUUUUUUCUGUCACCUCUCACAUCUCUGCUCUUCGGCUGAGUUUCAAAUCCUGAGGUCUGUAGUAAGCAAAGAAACGAGUUGGGUUUCCAGGAGAAAGAGUAAUUGAGAAUGGGGUGUGUGCUGUAAAAGGGUAACAGGCACCCAGUGACUAGAGAUAGCCCUGGUGAGCACAGGAGAGGUGGGGCUGGACUAAGGACUCACUAGUUGAUUUCUCAAGUUACUAUAGAGACCUCACCUAGGGAGGGACCUGUGAGCACCAGCACAUCCUGAAUGCUACUUGCAGGUCAGGGGACAAGGGGAGGAAAUAAGAUGCCCACGUGGCCCUCUGUGGUGGGCUCUUCAUCGGUGGUCAGCAGUGCUAGGUUUGAAAGGUCACGCUGGCUUUUACUUUUCCAGGGUUGCUUCUGAAGCUCUGCUAUCUCCACAUUAUGUAGCUGCCAACGCAGGUUGCUUUCUGUUUCUUAAGGAAAUGGGCCUCUUUCUCCCUGAGGUUUACAGUAAUGGCUCUUAAGGCCAUGUGGGGCUGAGUAGUACAUGAAUGCCUUCAGAGCCCCUCUCUCCUCCUCGCAGAAGCGCACGGCUGGAGAACUGGGAGUCUCCCCACACGGUGAAGGGUGGAAACCAAAAUUUCACCAUCUCUCUGCCACUGCACAAUACAGUGCAGAGCUUGCACACCGUACUGGAGGUCAGAUCCAGGUCUCCACAUAGAGGCUUCGGCAACGAGGGGGAGUGUGGAUGGGCAGUGCCUACUUUGACAGCCUGAAGAGGAUCUCAGUCAGAGGAGAAACAGCUUGAUCCGGGGCCUAAAAGAUGAGCUGUAACUGAAGUGCCCACUUCCCUAAAGACCGUCACUUUCUCGCUUGCUUCUGAGAGGGGGUGGACAAGCUGACUUUCCAUGGAGAGGGUUGGUGACAAUGCCUUUGGUGGUUCCCCUCAGUGCUUGUAGAUCUGAAUCCGCUCUGCCCCCCACCAGCCUUCCAUUUGCUUUUUGUUUGGUUGGGUUUGCUUUUGUUUUUGCUGUUUGCUUUCUGCCGACUCUUGGCAGGGCAGAGCAGUCCUGUACAGGCAGGCAACCCCUCUGCUCUUGCUGCUGUUAGCUCUUCCACCCCACUCAGUGUCUCACCAUCGGCUGGGAUCACACCACUAGUCCCCGUCCUUUAACCCAUGGAAUGUAAAUAUUGUAUCAUAUGUAGAAGAAAAUACUUUUUGUUUUCUAAAAAGGCAUUUUGACAUAGUUUAAUGAAAACCCGGCAGGAGCAUUCUAAGCCCCAUUAGGGAAAAAAAAAUUGAAAUGGUUCCUCUUCGUCGCCUUAAUGUGUAAAGAUCAGAAGUCACUGAGCAGCUCCUGUCUCCUCGGAGAAGAUGAUGCGAAGUGACAGGUGGAGCCUGGCCUCUGUCCCGCUGUGUGUGCCUCUGGUGUUCCCCCUGAGAAGUCCCGGGAAACAGCCUCACCGCGCUCCUCCCUUCCCCAUCCCCCUGCAGCUCAAUCCCUUGCAUCCUCUGGGUCUGCAGAGCAGCGGGUGCUGGUGGGGCUCAGGGCUGCCUCGGUGUCUGCCGGGGUGGGCAGUACAGGAUUCCUCCCUCCUACCUCAGGCCUGAUCCAUCAUGCCCUGGACGUGGUACCCUAGAGCUUCUUAGCUGAUUCUGGCUUUUGCAUCUGUUCUUCACGGAGCUCGCUGAUGUGGGUGGAGGCAGAAUGCCUCUCCCUGUCCACUGAAAGACAAGAGAGUCACUUCCUAGCUUUUGCACAAGGCUCUUGUGGUUAGGAAUAAGUUAGGGAAAGGUCACUCCUGAUUUCCCAGCAGCCAAUCUGUCUAUGGAGAUUUCUUGACUCUUUGGGAACUCUGAGAGCUAUUCACAAUAUCAGAAGUUCCCUCUUGAGUUCUUCCUUCUUUUGGUCUUCAGCACAGCCACGGUGUACGUGUUUAUGGACAGUGCUGUGCUGGAGAGCAGACAGAAGGCUGUGUGGGACCCGGGGGCCCUACUUAGGAGUGGGAUAUGGAAGACUUUUAAUACUGGUCAUAGUGACAUUGCCCUCACCACGAUCCCUCUCCAAAGUGGCCGUCUUUCUUUACCUUGUGUCUUCUCUUGUAAAAAUAAAACUCAAAAAUAAAAGUGUCAAACUAAAAAGAAAAAAAAAAAAAAAAAAACGGAAAAAGCUAACAUGAACUGUGUGAAAUUGCAUACUGCUGUGACACUAACCUGCAAUAUGUAAUGCUAUCUUGUAUGUGGACCUUGUUAAUGCGCCACACAUGUGCAGAAUAAAGACUGAUUCCGAUUAAAUAGG